AUGCCUCGAUCUUCUCGUACAGGUGAUUUGAUUUUUGACCACGAGAUAGAGAAGACCGCGCGUAGAACGAGAAAGGAAACCAGACAACUCAGAGAAGAGCACACCAGGGCUACAUCUCAAAGACCCGAGUCAGAAGUUGAACCAACAGAUUCGUUUGGUGACACUUCAAGUGACUCUGACCAGGAGGAAGGAACCAUGGCUAAUGCACAAACAUUAAGGGAGUUGGCUGCUCCUGAUUUAACUCAGCAGCCUUUGUGCAUUACUUUCCCCGCUUUAAAUGACAACAUUCCAUUUGAACUAAAAUCUGGUCUGAUUCAGCUUUUACCCUCUUUUCAUGGUUUACCAGGUGAAGAGCCGUAUAAGCAUCUGCAGGAGUUUGAUGUUGUUUGCAACAGUAUGAAACCCCCGGGAAUCACAGAAGAGCAGAUAAAAAUGAGGGCAUUCCCCUUCUCCUUGAAAGAUUCUGCGAAGGACUGGCUGUACUACCUGUCACCAGGUAGCAUCACCACGUGGGGCCAAUUGAUGAAAAAAUUUUUGGAUAAAUAUUUUCCUGCAUCCAGGGCUGCAAGUCUAAGGAAAGAAAUUUGUGGGAUCAAACAGCAUCCAGGGGAGUCACUUUACGAGUAUUGGGAACGGUAUAAGAACUUGUUGCGCAGGUGCCCCCAACACCAAAUAAGUGAGCAGUUGAUCAUACAAUAUUUUUAUGAGGGACUCAUUUUUAGAGACAGGAGCAUCAUUGAUGCUGCAAGUGGAGGGGCACUGGUGAACAAAACCCCUCAGGAAGCACGGGAGUUAAUAGAGGGGAUGGCAGAGAACUCACAGCAAUUCAGUACAAGAGAGGAUGUUCCAAUACGUAGGGUGAAUGAGAUAGAGACACCCUCUGUGCAGCAGCAACUAAAUGAGUUGACUGCUUUUGUUAGGCAACAGGCUGUGAGAAAUGCAUCACAAGCCAGGGUAUGCGGGAUUUGCACUGGUAUAGGCCACUCUGCAGACAUGUGCCCAAUGAUUCAGGAAGAAACUGCAGAACAGGUGAACAUGGCUGACCACGCGCCCGCGCCAAGGAAGCAGUACGACCCUUACUCAAGCACCUACAACCCCGGGUGGAGAGAUCAUCCCAACCUCAGUUAUGGAGGGAAUAGGCAACCCAACUUUACACCGAACAGGCAGUCUAGUUUUGUGCCAAAUAAGCCACCAGGGUACCAGCAGCAAUACCAACCCCGACCACCCCCGCCCCCUCAAUCCGGUUCAUCUAUGGAGGAGAUGAUGAAACAAAUGAUGACAACCAUGGCGCAAAAUCAGCAAAGGACAGAGGCAACUAUUAUGCAAAAUCAGCAAAGGACGGAGGCAACCAUUAUGCAACAUCAGCAAAGGACGGACUCCGAAAUGCAGGACAUAAGGAAUCAGAUAAGUCAACUGGCCACAACAAUCAACCGCUUGGAUGCCCAAAAUCAAGGUAAAUUGCCAUCUCAACCUGAGUUGAACCCGAAGAAUGUGAGCGCCAUGACCUUGAGGAGUGGCAAGGAAGUUCAAGGGCCUGAGCCUAUGAUCCCCAAGGACAAGGAUGAAGAGAAGAUCGAAAGUGAGCUCGAAAGGGAGGACAGCAAUGGUGCAGAUCCACAGGUACUUCCUGACCCAACAAUUACAGUUAGGACUAACCCGCCUCCUUUUCCUAGCAGGUUGGAAAAAUCAAAGAAGCAGGAUAAGGAGAGGGAAAUCUUGGAGAUUUUUCGCAAGGUUGAGAUAAAUAUCCCCCUCUUAGACGCCAUCAAACAAGUACCAAAAUAUGCCAAGUUCCUAAGGGACUUGUGUGUCAACCGAAGGCGAUUGAGAGGGGAUGAACGGGUUAUUGUUGGGGAGAAUGUGUCAGCGGUCCUGCAGAGAAAGCUCCCACCGAAGUGCGGGGACCCAGGUAUGUUUACUAUUCCCUGUAGGAUAGGUAAUACUGUGAUCAGAAGGGCCAUGUUGGAUCUGGGAGCAUCAAUUAAUGUCAUGCCUAAGUCUAUCUAUGCUUCUCUAAAAUUAGGUCCAUUAAAAGAAACUGGAAUUAUCAUUCAAUUAGCUGACCGAACUAAUGCAUAUCCUGAUGGGUUGGUUGAAGAUGUAUUGGUAAAAGUUAAUGAUUUGGUGUUUCCAGCUGAUUUUUAUGUACUGGAUAUGGAUGAUGAUCACUCCCCUGAUCCCUCACCUUUGUUAUUGGGUAGACCUUUUAUGAGCACUGCACAGACGAAAAUUGAUGUUAAUAAGGUGCAGGAAGUGUUUGAAACUGAUGGCAGGGAUGAGUUGGAGGUGGCUUUAACCAAGCACCUCGAGUUGGAGACAACUCCUCAGGUGGAGUGGAGUGAGGAUUUAAAAUGCACAAUAGGUGCAUUACACUCAUUGCAGACCACCAGGAAAAGGUAUGAAGUCUUACCUAUUUUUACUCCCGAGCCUCAUCAGAGGGUAUUGCCAUCUGUGGUGCAGGCACCUGUACUGGAGUUGAAACCUCUACCAGAGCACCUGAGAUAUGCAUAUUUGGGUGAUAAUGAGACACUCCCGGUGAUUAUCUCGUCGGCACUGUCAAAAAUCCAGGAAGAGAAAUUGAUCCGAGUCCUUCGGGAGCAUAAAGAGGCGAUAGGCUGGACAAUCGCAGACAUUAAGGGGAUAAGCCCGGCCAUCUGUAUGCACCGGAUUAGGCUAGAAGACGAUGCCAAACCUGUUAGGCAGGCUCAAAGAAGGCUCAACCCCCUCAUGAUGGAAGUUGUAAAGAAAGAGAUUCUAAAACUGCUAGAUGUGGGGAUCAUCUUUGCAAUAUCUGAUAGCCCUUGGGUGAGUCCGGUCCAGGUAGUCCCGAAGAAGGCAGGAGUAACGGUAGAAGCCAACCAAACGGGUGAGCUCGUGCCAGUGCGCAAACCCACUGGAUGGAGGCAGUGUAUAGACUACCGUAGGCUGAACGCCGUCACUAAAAAGGACCACUUCCCUCUCCCUUUCAUUGACCAAAUGGUUGAACGUUUAGCUGACGAAUGCCAUUUGGGUUGUGCAAUGCACCUGCGACUUUCCAAAGGUGUAUGGUGUAUAGAGACUAAUCUUGUGCUAAAUUGGGAAAAAUGUCAUUUUAUGGUUGAGCACGGAAUAGUCCUGGGUCAUAUUGUAUCGUCUAAGGGCAUAGAAGUUGACAAGGCUAAAAUAGACAUUAUUUCUGCAUUACCUUACCCCGCGAGUGUGCGGGAGGUGCGUUCUUUUCUUGGACAUGCAGGUUUUUAUCGAAGGUUCAUCAAGGAUUUUUCAAAAAUUGGAGCCCCGUUGUUCCAACUUCUACAAAAGGAUGUGACCUUCGAAUUCAAUGACAAAUGUGAGAAGGCCUUUAACAAGCUGAAGGAAUUGCUGACUUCACCCCCAAUCAUCCAACCCCGCGAUUGGAAUUUGCCAUUUGAGAUCAUGUGCGAUGCCAGUGAUCAUGCUAUUGGGGCUGUAUUGGGGCAAAGAGUAGGGAAGGCAGCUCAUGUCAUCUAUUACGCAUCCCGGGCCUUGAAUGGAGCCCAGUUGAAUUAUUCCACCACUGAGAAGGAGCUUCUUGCAGUUAUUUUUGCUUUGGAAAAAUUUAGGUCAUAUUUGCUAGGUGCUAAAGUAAUUGUAUUUUCUGACCAUGCAGCAUUAAGGUACCUAAUGACCAAGAAAGAUGCAAAGCCGAGACUCAUCAGGUGGAUAUUGCUACUACAGGAAUUUGACCUGGAGAUAAAGGACAAGAAAGGCUCAGAAAAUCUAGUAGCAGACCAUUUAAGUCGCAUACCAAUUGGGGAGGAUAAGGAGCCAUUGAAAGAUGCAUUCCCUGAAGAGCAUUUAUUUUCCUUAAAUUCUCAAUUGCCUUGGUAUGCUGAUUUAGUCAAUUAUCUAGUAACGGGUGAUUUUCCUGCAGGUUGGCCAAAAUCGAAGAAGGAUAAAUUGAAGAGUGACGCCAAGUACUUCAUUUGGGACGACCCGUACCUAUGGAAAAGGUGUGCAGACCAAAUAAUGAGGAGAUGUGUAAGUGAAGUGGAAUUUCAAUCAAUUUUAGCUUUUUGUCAUGCUUUUGCCUGUGGAGGUCAUUUUGGACCUAAGAGAACUGCUCAUAAGGUUUUGGAAAGUGGAUUUUAUUGGCCUUCAUUAUUUAAGGAUGCCUAUGUGUUUUGUAAGUCAUGUGAUCGCUGUCAAAGGGUAGGUAAUAUAGCCCGUAGAGAUCAAAUGCCCCAGGUCCCGUUGAUUUUUGUUGAAAUUUUUGAUGUCUGGGGUAUAGAUUUCAUGGGGCCUUUUCCUACUUCAUUUGGCUUUUUAUAUAUUUUGCUAGCAGUUGAUUAUGUGUCUAAAUGGGUGGAGGCUAAGGCCACUCGAACUAAUGAUUCGAGAGUAGUUGCAGAUUUUAUCAGGUCUAAUAUCUUUGUGCGGUUUGGAAUGCCUAAAGCUAUUGUCAGUGAUAGGGGAACGCACUUUUGCAACAGAACCAUAGCUGCGUUGUUUCGCAAGUAUGGUGUACUCCACAGGGUCUCAACGUCAUACCACCCUCAAACCAAUGGUCAGGCGGAGGUGACAAAUCGGGAGAUUAAGUCCAUUUUAGAGAAAAUGGUGCGCCCUGAUAGGAAAGACUGGAGCCAAAGGUUGGAAGAUGCACUUUGGGCCUAUAGGACGGCGUACAAGACUCCUAUAGGGAUGUCACCGUACCGGUUGGUAUUUGGGAAGCCGUGUCAUCUUCCAGUGGAAUUCGAGCAUAAGGCUUUUUGGGCGAUAAAGCAAUGCAAUAUGAAUUUAGAGGAGGCCGGUGCUCAACGGAAGUUGGAUUUGCAAGAAUUGGAGGAGAUCCGGAACGAAGCAUACGAAAACGCCUUGAUUUAUAAAGAGAAAAGCCGGGCAUUUCAUGACCAACAAAUUUCAAGAAAAACAUUUGAGGUUGGUCAGAAGGUCCUCCUGUACCAAUCCAGGCUCAAGCUAUUCCCAGGUAAGCUACGUUCCCGUUGGAUUGGACCUUUCAUUGUUACUCGUGUUUUUCCCUAUGGUGCAGUUGAGAUCCGGAGUGCUAAGACAGACAACAAAAUUGUGGUGAAUGGACACCGUCUCAAAUAUUAUUACGAAGGAUUUUCAGGUAGAGAGGUGGAGACAAUAAGGCUUGACGCACCACCGUGUCCUAAUCAGUGA